UGAGUAUGAAUCAAUAGCCCAGGUGCAUUAAUGGUUUAGGCCCACCUUAAACAUUUGAAUAUGUGACGAUCUUUGCGCUUAGGGGUCUCACUGUGACGCAGAAUCAAGAUAAAGCGGAGCUGCCCACGCCUUCUCUGCCAAGGCGCGAUUCCUGCGCCUGCCGCUGCUGUUGCUGCUUUAUAUCGCGCGGCGGCCAGCCUGAGGAGAGACGCGCCUUCACGACUGCUGGCGACUUCGCGAUUCUUCUCUUUCUCGCACGAGGAGCUGGCAUCGCCAUGAAGCUUCUUCCCUGUCUCCUUGCUGUAAGCUGCACCCUGGGAGUUAUCUCAGCGUUGCCCAUUUCAACAGAAGAAAGGGAGCAGAAUGCGGUGAAGGAGUGUAUCGUCGAAGUCCUCUCUAAUGCACUCGGUAAAGCCAACGCACCGCCCGUCGACCCUUCCUGCAAAGACAUCCUACAGAAAAGUCCGAAACAUGAAACCACCGAAAAGAUCGAUGAAGAGCCAUUAAAAUCAGACGAAGGCAACAAGGAAGAACAAGUAGAGGACAUAAAAAGACACCAGGAAGAAGUUAACAAAAACGAAUCUGAAGAGGCUAGAAGACAACAGAAAGAAUAUGACAAAAGACAUUACAAAGAGAAAGACGAGAGAAACCACAAAGAAGAAACAGGUGAAGAAAGCAGCAGUGCAGAAGAAAGAAGACACCAUGAGAAAGAAACUAAAAGACAUCCUCUGAGCAGGGAAGAUGAUCUGAAACAGGAUCAGCCAGAAGAAAAGAGAGACGAAAGCUAUGAAAAUUCGCAGGAUGUGACCGAUGGUAUUUAUGCAGGUCACUACAAGAGAUCUGAAAGCUAUGACAAUUCGCAGGAUGUAACAGACGGUAUUUAUACAAGUCACUAUAAGAGAGGUGAAAGCUAUGACAAUUCUCAGGAUGUGACCGACGGUAUUUAUACAAAUCACUACAAGAGAGGUGAAGAGGACUCCGGCGAGGAACAAGGCCUUGAAACCCAGCAGCAUCCUAGGAGCUCAAACGAACCAGCAGAAAGUGAAGACAGAGAAAAGCGGCGUUACCGGGUUCGUAAGAUCUAUUACAGGAAACAUAAAAGGAAUCAUUCCUCUGAAGAACAUGUUGGGGAAAAGUCUAAUGAGUCAAUGUCAGAAGAAAAAAGGAACCUACAGCAAGGGGAAGAGGAGGAUCAUUGGGAAGGAAAAAAAUAUUCAUCUGAGCAAAUCACCAAGCCAGACACGGAGAAAAGACAUUAUGAUGAAAAGAGACACCACUCAGAAGAAAGUGAAGAGGAAAGACAUAGUGAUAAAAAAAAGUCCCAUUUUGAAGACGGUGAGGAAGAAGGAAACGAGGAACACACCGAUGAGAAGAGACAAGAAGAAAGUGAAAAACACCAUAGCGAAGAAGAAAGAAACGGCAACCAUGAACGUGACAAGUUGGGUCAUUACACUGGUGGGGAAGAAAAUGAGGAAGAACAAGAUCAGCAGCACGAACAGAAAAGGCAUGAAGCUGAUGUUAGUGAUGAGCAGGAAGAACAACAUAAUCAUGAUGAAAAAAAGAGACAGCAUUCUGAAGAAAGUGAGGCAGAGGAAGAAAGGCAGCCUCAUCAAGAUAACUUAAAGAAAAGCGAGGACAUGGCAGGAGAUAAGCAAUAUUCCGAGGCAAAACGGGAUGACUCAAAAGAAAGUGAAGAGGAGAUCAAAAAAAGGCAUCAUCUCAGUGAUGAAGACAAAGCAGGAGAAGAGGAAAAACAACGUAAAAAACGUAGCAGUUUAGAAGAUCACGAAGAAGACGGAACACAACAGCAUUACUCUAAAAAGAAAAGCCAUCCUUUAGAAGACAAGGAAGAAGAAACAAAGAGACAACACCAUGAAGUCAAACGCCACCACUCAGAAGGGAGUGAUGAAGAGGAACAAAGACAUCAUAGUUAUGUAAAACGACACCACUCUGAGGAAAGACAGGAGGAGGAGGAGGAAGAAGAGAGUGAAGAAAAAGAAGAAAAACAGCAAUAUGAGAAAGAAAAGCAUUACCAUUCUGAGGAAAGUCAGGAAGAGGAGGAGGAGGGCAAGGAAAAGAAGCACCAUGAAGACAAGCGCCACCACUCAGAAGAAAGUGAGGAAGUGGAACAAAAGAGACAUCACCAUGAAGCUAAGCGCCACCACUUAGAAGAAAGUGAGGAAGACAAUGAAAAGGAUCAUAGCAAAGCUAAGCAUCACCACUCACAAGAAAGUGAAGAAGAACAGGCAAAAUUUAAGCGACAUCACCCAGAAGAAAGCGAGGAAGAGAGACCUCAUCACGAAGCCAAGCGCCAGCACCCAGAAGAAAGCGAGGAAGAGGAGGAAGAGAGACCUCACCAUGAAGCCAAGCGGCACCACUCAGAAGAAAGUGAAGAGGAGGAGGAAAAGAGACAUCACCUUGAAGCCAAACGCCAUCAUGCAGGAGAAAAUGAGGAAGAAGAGGAAGACAGACAUCAUCAUGAAGCCAAGCGCCACCACGCAGAAGAAAGCGAGGAAGAGGUGGGAAAGAGACAUCACCAUGAAUCCAAACGGCAUCACUCAGGAGAAAAUGAGGAAAAGAGACAUCAUCAUGAAGCCAAGCACCACCACUCAGAAGAAAGUGAGGAAGAGGAGGAAAAGAGACAUCACCAUGAAGCCAAACGGCAUCACUCAGGAGAAAAGGAGGAAAAGAGACAUCACCAUGAAGCCAAGCGUCACCACUCGGAAGAAAGCAAGGAAGAGUUGGAAAAGAGACAUCACCAUGAAGCCAAACGGCAUCACUCAGGAGAAAGUGAGGAAGAGGAGACAAAAAGACAUCACAAUGAAGCAAAGCGCCAUUACUCAGAGGAAAGUGUUGAGCCAGACAGAGAGGAAGAAGAGGACAAGAGACAUCAUAAUGAGGCCAAGCGUCACCACUCAGAAGAAAGUGAGGAAGAGGAAAGACACUUCUCUAUUGAAGAGAAGCACCAUCACUCAGAAGAAAGUGAAGAACCACCAGAAAAAAGGCACCUGAUAGAAGAUAAAAGGCACAUUUCAAUGGACAACAGCAAUGAGGAUUUUAGGAAGAGGCAUCUUCCUUGGAAAAAUGUACAGUACAGUGAGGAAGCAAACAAUUACCAGAGUGAAGAUGAACAAGACAGGGAAGAUGAUGAAAAUGCCUUCCAUGAUGUAGAAACCUCAAAUCCCAAUCAAUGGACCUAUAAGGAGAAAUCUACCAAUAGGCAACAUCCACAACAUCCAUAUUUGAGGCAGCUAUGGUGGCCUAAAAGUUACAAUGUUCAAAAUAACCUAAGAGCAAGUAACCUUGGACGUGAAGAAAAUAGACGACUAGAUGCCAAGCGCCAGUAUGGAGACCUUGAAGAAGAAGACUGGUGGGACAAGAGGCAUGACAGUAUGCCAUACUGGGAACAGGAGGAGAAAAGGAAUUACCUCUCUGCGCAUAGUUUCCCAGAGAAGAGGCAAUAUGGCAGUAACAGGAUGGAUGAGCUUGCAAAGCUGUUAAAUUAUAAAAAGUCUGUUCCAUUCCCGGACACCGAGUCAGAAGAGAAGCAAAGUCACCAUGAGUUAAGAGGGGAAUUGAAGAGUCUCCAUCAGAAACCUUUAACACAAGAAGAGGAGAACGAACUUGACAAUCUGUCUGCUAUGGACUUAGAACUGCAGAAAAUAGCAGAGAAGCUUCAUGGAAACCACAGAGGAUAAGCAUGAGAGACUAUGGGAUGCCAAGAUUUUUCUUAAGAUCUAAAGAUAAAUUUGUUAUUAAAACAACAAAAAUACAAGUACUAAUCAGCAGCGGUGUUAUUUAUAACAAAUUAAAAACAAAACAAAAAAAAACAAGCAUUGUUGUCCACUUCUAUUUGAGACACUGGUGGAGAUCUUUGUAUUGUGCAUUUUCAAUGUUAUUCAACGCUACAUGGCAUGAAAAUUACUUAGACAUAUUUAUUCUGAAAUGGUUGUUUCUGUUUUGAGAGAUAAUCUAUGUUUUUGAGUUUGCAAAUAAUAAAAUCCAACACUCUGGGACCAAA